UCGUUUACACUGAAUUAUAGUUGAAAUGACACAUAGUUGGGAUUUCAUUGAUGGUUUCUGUCUACAAUGGCCUCUUUAAUUUAAUUUGUGGUUGAUGGAUGGAUAUUUAGGACUACAAGUUCCUUGCCGACAGUUUUACUGAAUUCGAAGUCGACUCUGCAUAAUUCACAGGCGCCAUUUUGGAGCGGGUGUUGACUUUUAGGUCCAUUUUUGUCAUCUUAAACUGGUCGCCAUUGCGGAUAUUAUUGCUUUCUAUAUCCAUUUGGGGACGUCGUGAAGGUCAGAUAUGAACCUCAGCGAUCCAGCGCAAUCUCCAUCUUUGCACCAGCAUGGAGCCAAUGAAAGAGGCUGCUGGAGAGGAGUUCAAGUGGUCCGAGCUCCUCAUGCCACUCCUGGAGCCCAUAGAGGGGAUUUAUGGCGACCUGGACUACCAUCAGUGCCAUUCACAACCCCCUCCAUCCAUCGACCCAGACGACCUGCCUCUGUUCACCUCCUUGACAGAAAAUGACAUAGGCUACCUGGGCAACCAUAUAACUUAUUCACCACCCUCCACAUCCAUCGACUUGGACGACCUGCCACUGGCCAACGUGUCGUCAGGGAGCCAGGACAGCGACUGGAGCGACUGCUCCAACCAGGCAGACACUGUGUUGAGCAGAUGUCCUCAGCACUUUGUAGAACAGCCAAAGAUACUGCCAGACUGGACAACGCUGACUCUUAUAGAAAUACCUGGCUUCACAAACGUCUCCACAUCAAAAAAAAGGAAACGUGAUGUCCAGGAGAACGGAGAUAAGGCCUACAUUAAAAAGCCACCAAACGCCUUCAUGUUGUUCAGGAAGGAGCAGAGGCUGAAGGUGAUGGCUCAGUUCAAUAUCAGUGGCUGUGCUGAGGCCAAUAAAGUCCUGGGUCACAUGUGGAGGUCGCUCUCUGAGCAGGAGCAGGAAAAGUAUUACCGCCUAGCUGAUUCAGAAAAGGUUAUACACAGCCAGUUGUACCCAAACUGGUCCUGCACAGAAAACUAUGGAAGUCCACCAUGCUCAUGUUCAACAGUGAAGAUGUUCAUCAAUGAAAUCCCAACUAUGUGUCAUUUCAACUACAUUCAGUGUAAACGAUUCAUCGGCUGUGUUUACGUUUUAAAACUGAAAUAGAUAUAUUGUUAUACAAUCACAGAGAUUUCCAGGUGAUUUUCCUGAGCAAUUGCAAUACUGAGUUAGCUCGUCCAAUGCCAUCUGCUGUGGUUGUCCGUCCCUGGACAAUAUGUUCAAAGUGGGCUACCAGUGGUUUAUAACUUGCCAGCAAGAUCUUGAGUGCCUUAUGAUGAUGAGGCAUCCACCUUGUGCCAUCCAAGUUGGAGGGUUUUGGCAUACUGUGAUCCAUUGCUGCAGCUAUAAGCUUGAUUUCUCUGAGUUGUUUUGGGGAGAAGUGGUACUGUUUAUGAAUGAGGACGUCCUUGACCUUCUUGAACAUCUCAUUGUCUUUUAUAGCUCUGAGGACAGCCAACUCAAGCCUAUGCGCUACACAAGGAAUUGAGAUGAGCCAAGGUGUGUCUGCCUUCAGCAAAGCUGCAAGACCAUUUCUGCACCCAAUCAUCACAGCAGCUCCAUCUGAAAAGCCCAAAGCCCACCAGCUUGUCUUUCCAGCCCAUCAAGUUGUAUCUGUCAAAAGCCCCUUCAAUUGACUGCAGGAUACCUUGGGCAUUCCCAUUGUUCUGUCAAGGAGGACCCAAAGGCAGAGUUGGCAGGCACUACACGAGGGUGAAGGUCGGUACACAGGAAGUCAGUCCAAUAAGGCAAAGGUAUCCGAGAGCGGCAGGCAGGAGGAGAGGUCGAAAAGCAGACAAAGGUUGAAAACCAGGCGAGGCGAUAACGAGGAGUGCUAGGACGAGACAUGAAUGUACAACGAACUUGCACCAGACAGGAGGAAUCAGAGGCAAUAAAUAGCAAGCAGGAAAUCAGGUGAUGAGGGACACCUGAGCACAAUCAGGCAGGGGCGGGGUCUCCAAGGUGAAGGCGGGGUAGCCUCUGCAAUUGACAGGAAUUGGCUCACUGGUUCCCCAUCCAGAAUGUACCUGACGUAGACAAGUUCCUGUUCAACUGUCCACUUAUCCAUGGAGCCAUCAGCCAAUACAGAUAUGACACGUGCGUUCUGGAUGUUUUGAAGUUGGGGUUUCUUUAAGAUUUCAUAGAUGAAGGGUAUGAAUCUUCGGCAAGCAUUAUCUGAGGUGGAAUGUUUGGGGAUGUCCAGUCCGUUCUUCUUCUGAAGAUCAGCAGAUGUUGAUACUCAACGAAAGGUUUUUCUUUCUGAGCAACAUAGUAAGCAUUGUUAAAGAGCUUCAUAAUCUUUUCUUUCCUUUCAAGAUGACAUUGACGUACUGCAUCUACCGUUGGCCCCUCAUCACAGUGGCUCUGCUCCCAGUCACGAUCAAUACAUUUCAGAUGGGCUUUGUUUGCGGCAUGUGAUUGAAGUGUGCCAAUACGAAAUGUUGAACAACCCUUGUACAUGACAGAAGACUUGUCUGUACAAGACAUUUCGUUGCUUUCUGAUGAAUAAUCCAGCCAUGGAACGUCCUUUAGCCAAUGCUGCUGAAAUUUCCCUUUUCUCUUUUUUUCAUAUUUCUGAGAAGAGCUGGAACUCUUGCUGGUACUGGCACAUGGCUCAGCCUCUGAAUAUGUGGAUUGAGCAUCAUCACUGACUUUAACUUUGUCUCCUCCACAUCUAAACCGGUCACAUCGGUUGUCUUCGUUUUGGAUGCAGUGUCAUCUGUCUUCUUUACAGGAGCUUCAUCUUUUUCUUGGCAGAUGGUUUCCUUGUCUUGAUCUGUAAAGAUACGUCACCUUUAUAAGCCCAGGCUGAUAUUAAAUUAAUUAUCAUUUAUCAGUGUUUAAUAUAUUUAGCAUCAAUAUAUGCUGAUAAUUCAUCAGAUAAUAGUACUGACGCAUUGUAUUUGGAGGAAUGUCUGACAAAUAGUGUAGAUGUAUGUUAACAUGGCAUACCAUACUACCUUACACAUGGUAGUCGUAGUAAGCAGUGAUAUUUAUAAGUUGUGCACCACAAUGAAACAUUAUUGAAUAGACACAUUUGUGUACUAGUAAAGUGUUUUUAAUCCAGAAAAAAAUGCUCAAUGGUCAAACAAUAAUUUGUGAAGCAAAGGUGAGAAAAAUCCACAGAGAAAUGGAAGCGCUAGAUUUUGUAGCUUGUGCAAAAUCAGCACUUGGUAUUGGAUCUAAUGGGUGGUGUUUCAUUGUGACCACUUCAAAUUGUCACAGCAAUGUGAUUCACUCACCUGUGCCAUCAUUUGAUUUGCUGCCGCUAAUAAAAUACUUGUUUAGGAGGCACUGCUUCAUCACUUUUUGCUGUUUUCCUUCACAAGUUGUUGAAGAAUUAGACCAUGUUGGCAGGGACGCCAUGAUAGAUGUUUUCCUAGUCAAACCAUCGCUCAUUGGUUGAUCGCCAACAAGAACGGGUGUGGGAAAAACGCAGACUGUGGACUCGGGACCGCGGUCUAAAUAAACGAUUCUGAUUGGUCCAUUUCAAGAUUUGCAAGGAUUAGUUUACAAAUUACCACCGGAAUUACACAGUCCGUAUUUUACCAACACCCAACAAGAACCGCUUUAAAAAAAAACUCUUGGCAGUAUGGCAUGCCAAAGUGCACUUGCCCCACGGGAAUAUCACUGAUUGGAUUUACUUGCCCCAAUUUUGUUUUAACUUGCCCCGGGCCAUCGGUACAUCGUUAUUGUCAAGCCCUGUUAUGGUUAUUUGUAAUCAAUAGUUUUUUCCAAAUACUUACUUUGAUGUGGAGACGUUUGUGAAGCCAGGUAUUUCUGUAUGAGUCAGCGUUGUCCAGUCUGGCAGUAUCUUUGGCUGUUCUUGAUGAGUCAGCAUUGUAUCGUCUGGCUGUUCUACAAGGCGCUGCUGGGGACACAAAAAACAUUAGGUCGCAGCUCUCAUUGAGUCUGAGGCACAUUUUACACAUUACUCUUAAAAUGCAUGUAUGUGUUCCUGUGAAGACUGAGACGGACUUAAUAAUAAAAGUGCUGAU